CCCACCGGUCCGAGACUCAGAUCUCAGGAGCAGUGGGUGGGAAGCUAGAGGGGACGGGGAAGACAGGCUGAGCCUUCCGGUACUGCUGCUGUGAUGGAGGCCCCAGCCGAGCCUGCAGGCCUAGGCCACAGGCCUCAAGAGAAGGUGUCCAGUGUGCCCCAUCCAGGCAGGAGCUCCGGGGCCAUCCCCGCCAGAGGCUCGCUCAUCCACCGCGCCAAGGGCCUGGGUGAGGACACCUUCAAGAUUUGUAAAGAGUACCUCAGGCCGCUGAAGAAGUUCCUGCGCAAGCUGCACCUACCCAGGGACCUUCCACAGAGGCAGAGGUUAAAGCAUAUGAAACAGAGCCUCGUGGUCCUGGGGAACCACAUCAAUGCCUUUCUGCAGCACUACUGCUGCACCUGGGAGAUGAAGCGCUGGAAGAAGAUGCUCUGGCGAUUCGUCUCUCUCUUCUCAGAGCUGGAAGCCAAGCAGCUGCACCAGCUCUACAAGUACAGCAAGACCAACCAGACGGCCAAGUUGCUGGUGGUCCUGGGCCCUGGAGACCCGGCAGAGUCCCGGGGCAGAGCCUUGCUGGCCAGGCAGGAGGACAGACUGCCCAAGCUGUGCGAUACCUGGGGGCUGCACCGCAACCUCCGGGGCAUGCGGGAGAGGCUGUCCAAGAUGCAGGCCUCGGGUUCUGACCCAGCCCGGCGAGGUUCCUUAAGGAAGCUUCCACAAAAAUCAAAAUUCAAGAGGAUUAAGGAGGCCCCAGAAAGCCCAGAGACCUGAUCACAAGAGCACCCACAGGGAUAGAGGCCAGCUUGCCUGGGCACCCGGAGUACUUGGGCAGCUUCAACCGAUCAACCUCUGGGGGAUGGGCGCUCAUGAAGGGAAUGAGGAAAAUCAGGAAGGCGCUCAGGGUCUUUAUUACAAACAACAGAGUUGGAAAUAAACAUCCUUAAAAACGGUUCUACUUUACUUGGUUAACAGUCACCAUUCACUCCUCCCCACCCCCAUACUGGGGGUUAAACUUAGGGACCUUGUACCCCAGAGCUACAUCUAGCAUCCCUUUUUUUGGGGGGCGGUUACUGAAUGUU